GCCAUCACUCCCCACGUACUCCAUGGUUGUAGCUAGAAGGUGACCAUGGCAGGCCCAUACCAUAGUUUAGAAAGCGACAACGGACCAGUUUUCAAAGUAGGCAAGCACGUGUAGUCCAAAUAACUCCAAAAUACAAGUACCAUCUGCUUAAAGCCUUGUCUUUCUCUUUGCAAAGCUACCCACAAGAAAUUGAGAUAGUUUUGGAGAAAAUGGAGACGAAGCAAAGCACGGAGCAAUUCAAAGGCCAAGCAAGGCUACCGGAGUUCGCAAUCCCAAAACGUUAUGAUCUUUACCUCAAGACCGACCUGUCUGAAUGCACUUUCUCCGGUACCGUACAAGUCAACCUUAACAUCGUCGAAGACACGAAGUUCCUCGUCCUGAAUGCUCUCGAGCUUGUCAUCCACCAAGUCUGGUACACCACCAGCUCCCACAACCAAACGUAUCUGCCGUGUGAUGUUGCUUUGGAUGGCGAUGAUGAGAUACUCGUGCUGGUCUUUGAUGAAGUGCUUGGUGUUGGUGAAGGAGUUCUGGGGAUUGAGUUUUCUGCGGCCCUUAACGAGCACUUGAAGGGUUUCUAUAGAUGUACUUAUGUGGAUGGAGGAGUGAAGAAGAAUAUGGGAGUUACUCAGUUUGAAGCUGUCGAAGCAAGGAGGUGCUUUCCUUGCUGGGAUGAACCUGCGCUUAAGGCCACCUUCAAGAUAAAACUAGAUGUGCCAGCAGAGUUGACAGCAUUGUCGAAUAUGCCAAUUACUGAUGAAAAGCCUAAUGGAAACAUUAAGACUGUUUAUUUUGAGGAAUCUCCAAUCAUGUCAACUUAUUUGGUGGCUUUUGUUGUUGGUGUGUUUGAUCAUAUUGAAGAAACAACAGCUGAUGGGAUUAAGGUUCGUGUAUAUUGUCCUGUUGGAAAGAGUGAUAAAGGGAAGUUUGCUUUAGAUGUUGCUGUUAAGGCGCUCGAUUUAUAUACCAAGUACUUUGCAACUCCUUACCCACUUCCAAAACUAGAUAUGGUUGCCGUCCCUGAAUUUUCUGGUGGGGCUAUGGAGAACUAUGGUUUGAUCACAUACCGUGAAAAUGAGCUACUUUACGAUGAUUUGCUUUCUACAGCUGCCAGGAAGCAACGUAACGCAAUUGUAGUAUCUCAUGAAGUAGCCCAUCAAUGGUUUGGGAAUCUGGUAACAAUGGAAUGGUGGACUCAUUUAUGGCUUAAUGAGGGAUUUGCAACAUGGGUUAGUUAUUUGGCUGUUGACAGCAUGUUUCCAGAGUGGAAAAUAUGGACUCAAUUCCUAGAACUAACGACCGAUGGCCUAUGUAUGGAUGCACUGGAACAAUCACAUCCAAUUGAGGUGAAGGUACACCAUGCUCGUUCCAUAAUUGAGGUAUUUGAUGAUAUCAGCUACAAAAAGGGAUCUGCUGUCAUAAGAAUGUUGCAGGGUUUUCUUGGUGAUCAUAUGUUCCAGAAAUCCUUAAGUUCAUACAUAAGAAGAUAUGCUGGAAAAAAUACGACGACCGAAGAUUUAUGGAGCAUUCUUUCAGAGGAAUCUGGUGUUCAAGUAAACUCAAUGAUGGAUGCUUGGACAAAGCAAAAAGGAUAUCCAGUUAUCUCUGUAAAAUCCAAAGACGAUAUUUUGGAAUUUGAACAGUUGCAAUUCCUUUCAUCUGGUUCUCAUGAUGACAGACUAUGGAUUGUUCCAGUAACUUUGUCCAUUGGUUCAUACAGCAGGCGCAAGACUUUCCUUUGGGAUACAAAGUUUAGAGAAUUGGAUAUAUCUGAACUGGUUCAUUCUUCAGACGAAAAUUCAAGCUCAAUCAAGGAAAAGAAUAGAGAGACAUGUGAUGAACAUUUAUGGGUCAAAGUUAAUACUGAUCAGAGUGGUUUCUACAGGGUAAAAUAUGAAGAUAAGCUUGCAGCUCAGCUUAGGAAAGCUGUAGAGAGCAAUUGCCUGUCAGCAAUAGAUAAAUUUGGCGUUUUGGAUGAUAUGUAUGCUCUUUGUGAAGCUUGCAAAGAAUCACUCUCCUCAUUGCUUUCCUUGAUGGAUGUAUACAGAAAAGAGCUUGAUUUUGUUGUGGUGUCGAAACUCAUUGAUGUGUGUUAUGAAGUUGUGAAGAUCUCGGGUGAUGCCAUCCCAGAUUUGGUGAAUGAGUUGAAACAAUUUUUCAUUAAUCUCCUCCUGUUUUCUUCAGAAAAAUCAGGCUGGGAAUCAACAUCUGGAGAGAGUCAUUUAAGUGCAUUAUUGAGAGGAAGAGUCUUUCUUGCCUUGGCUACUUUUGGCGAUGAUAAAACUCACAAGGAAGCAACACGACGCUUUCAGACUUUACUGAAUGAUAGAAAUACUCCACUCCUUUCAGCUGAUACUAGAAAGGCUACUUAUGUUGCUGUCAUUCUGAACACCAACACCACAAACAGGAACGGGUUUGAUUCCCUAUUGAAUGUCUAUAGAGAAGCUAACACAGUGCAAGAGAAGGAACUGGUUUUACGCCAUAUUGCAUCUUGUCCGGACCCAACUAUAGUCCUUGAGGCUCUGAAUUUUAUGUUGUCUGAUGAGGUUCGACAUCAAGAUAUUAUUUACGUGCUUGCCGGGAUAAGCUCAGAAGGCCGUGAAGUAGCAUGGAGAUGGUUGAAGGAGAACUGGGAGUUGAUCUUCAACAAAUAUGGUGCUGGAAUUCUAAUCCACCAUUUCAUUACCGACAUUGUCACUUUGUUUUGCAGCAAUGAAAUGGCUGAUGAGAUAGAAGAAUUUUUUGCAAGCCGUGUGCAUCUUUCUUUUGGCAUGAAUUUGAAGCGAAGCAUUGAGCAAGUCCGAAUCAAAGCGAGGUGGGUGGAGAAUAUAAAGCGCGAGCAAUCCCUACAAGACCUACUCAAACGAUUGGCUCGCAAGAAAUCAUAGUUUUUUUGAUUUGAUUCCAGACCAUAAUCAAUAAUUUGCUCCACAAAUCGUGCAGUAUAUCUGUUAUAUAUGUAUGUGUGGUGCAUAUAAAGAA